GUGACCGGCCACACAUACAGUUAUAGCUGUCAGAUUAUGGAAAAGGGUCCAGUUCCUCCUCCGUAUCCAGGACCACCCACAGAUCCUGCUUAUGGGGCUGUAUAUCCCCCAUAUCCUGCCCAGCCAGGUCCAGCCCAACCUCCACCAGCUCAAUAUGGAGUAAACCAGCAACCACAAGUGGUGACAGUAGUGGUAGCACCACCACAUUUGACUGAUGUCCCCGGACAGGUGCAGUGUCCUCAUUGUCAGUCCCAGAUUGUGACUGAAACCAGACACACUAAUGGCCUUCUGACCUGGCUCGUGUGUGGUGGCCUCUGCCUGUUCUUUUUCUGGCCUUGUGCUUUCAUUCCAUUCUGUGUGGACUCCUGUAAGGAUGUGGAGCACAUCUGCCCACAAUGUCGCCGGACGGUGUACCGCUACAAACGCAUGUGAAAGCCCAACACAUCAUUGCACAUGACACAAACCACGGAAAAUGCAACUUACGAAAAAAUACAAGAAAAUGUGGAUAAAUGUUGUAAAUAUGUUUGUCAUAGGAUCAUUAGGAUCAGGAUCCUCCUACUGAGUUACAAAUGUUGAAUCUGGGAUAGUUUUUCAGUUAAAAUUGCAAUCAAUUCUGACCUGUGGGUUGUGUGCAUGUGUGUCAAGCAAUCUUUGUAACAUGUCUGAGUCUCUGUCUGAACUAGUGGCAUAGUCCAAAAUUCUGCCAUUUGUGGUAUAAGAUCCUCAUUACUCAGUUCACAGAGCACUCUUCAGGGUGAGUGCUUUUGUUCCUUGCUGUCCCAAUAAAAAAAAGAAGUAGUUGCCCUGUCAUUCUAAACAUAAUAGACAGAACAGGUAUAGCCUGAGAGUGUAAUGGCUCCUUCUUUAUGGCUCAGGCGUUACAGCUCGGUGUCUCUGAGACUACUGAUCGGGCAUUUUUGACCCUGAAAUAAAUGUGUGCACACGCAGUUUGGGGCUACUUCCAUAUAGAGCGCUGCUAUUCUGGGUGUUUGAUAAGGAUCACUAUCACUGAGUUAAGUUGUUGGCUGACUAAGACACUAAAGCACACAGGUUAAGUUGUUGGCGGUGUUCCAGUAAUUUGUUGUUUUGCACUCUGUUUUAAUCAUUCUGUGUUAUUUUUAUGUAUCUUAAUUAUUACUUUUAACAUUAACAUUAUAACAUUAUAACAUAGUUUUAACAUUUGACAUUAUAACAUGUUUAAACAAAUACUUACUGUAGACGCAUACAGUGCCCUCCAAAAGUAUUGGAACACAUGCUUUGGGUUAAAUAUAAAAUCAUCUUUUGGAAAUUGAUCUUAAUACCUUACAUGAAACAAUGAGGAAAUAUUCAACCUUUAAGGACAACAAUUUUUUUGUGAAUGAACAAUGUAUUGUAAAUAAAUAAAUGUUUUCCUUAAAAUACAGGGGUCAUAAUUUGGAACGCCCAUGUUAAAUUCCCAAUUCCCAUAGAGGAUUUUUAUUUUCAUUUUUAAAGGCCAGUUAUUUCAUGGAUUCAGGACACUAUGCACCCUGAUAAAGUCCCCUUGGCCUUUGGAAUUAAAAUAACCCCACAUCAACACUAUACUCUUAACCGAGUUCGGCAUGCUUUAUGUUAUUAGCUGUUAGCUAAUUAGCUGGUUUGAAUUGCAUUGAGCUCAAUGAAAUAACUUGGAUAUACACAUACAACUUACAGUAGAUCAUUUGUUCAUUCAACAACAAUCACCUGUUCAAUAUACAACUCAACAUCAAAGUACUACUAUUUCAAAAGGCAAUUCACACACAUUUCAAAUGAGUGUCUUUUCAAUUUCUUAUAACUAUCAAUUGACACAACUGCUCAAAAUAAUAAGUAACGGUUGCAUUACUCUUAAUGCAUAGUUGUAUGUAAACAGACAAACAAUCUUCCAUGAUUACUGCAAAUCAUGAAAGUUGCAAGAUUGUAAAGAGAUUCACUGCCACCAAUUAGCGUGGAGCAUGAACCAAUUAGACUACAAUAUCCAUGGAUGUAGCCUACUGUAAUAUUUUACAAUGCUUCACCAGGCUGUCUUUUCUUUUCUAUUCCAUAGCUAAUUAUAUUUACUUUAAUACUGUAAACCUAUGUUGUGAUUACAGUGUUUUGCACCAAUACAUUACAAACGUUGUUACUGUAAAUGAUUCCACUGUGUCUGUAGUAUGCUCUCUACUACUGC